CAUGGUUGUGUGUUUGUUUCACUAGGUUUUCCUGAUAUUCUCUCCCUUUUUGGUGGGGUUCUUUUCAGUUUUCUCAGCCUUUCUUCAAACUCUUUCUCUGCGUGAUAGAUGUGUUUCUCCUGAUCUUCAGCUCUGGAUUCUGGGCUUGGUUGCAAAAAGGUCAUUUUUUAUUGGCUUAUGAGGGUGCAGGUUUUCAGCAGAUAAGUAGCUUAGCUUCCUUGUUCAUAAGCCUUGAAGGUUUUUGAUGCUGUUUUUCUGCACUUUUUGAACCUUUUUACCUUUGUUUUGCAUCUGGGUGUUGUUUUGGAACUAUCUCCCACUGUUGGCAUGUGAGUUUUUUUUACAUGUGUGGAUUUUAGAUAUUGGUCUAAUGGUCUCUCGAUCUCUCUGAAAUGAUAUUUGGUGGAGAGAUUCCUGUUAGCUUGAUGGCUUUUUUACUUGAAGAUCUAAGGUGUAAUAGAUGAGGUUGAAAAAGCUGUUGGAUGAUUGAGCAUAAAUGGCUUUGCAUGAUUUUAUUCUGUAGAUAAGGUGAAAAGGGUUGAAAGAAAUUGGGUUGGAACUAGGAUUUGAGGUAUAAUGGGUUCAUUUGUCUGAUUUGGGUUGUGGUUUGUGUGAAGCAAUGGAAGGUAAUUUGCCACAGGGAGGUAUAAUUCAAGGUGGAACUUCUUUUGGUGGCUUUGAUUUGCCGAUUCGGGUUCAGCAUCAAGCACAGCAUCCCCAUACAAUGCACCAACAUCAAACUCAUCCGCGUCAAGGGUCUUCUGUACAUUCCACCGUUCAUGAUGGGUUUCCACUUACAAUGGGAACCAUGCAGAACUGUGACCAAACCAUUUCAUUGACUGACUUUAGUAAAGGAGACAGAAGCAAAAACUCAGCGAGUGAGGAAGAUGAGCCGAGCUAUACUGAGGAUGGUGUUGAUUGUCACCAUGAAACAACUAGAGGGAAGAAAGGAUCACCUUGGCAGCGUGUGAAGUGGACUGAUAAGAUGGUAAGGCUUCUGAUAACAGCUGUUUCUUAUAUAGGCGAGGAUGUAACUGCUGAUGGUGGUAGCAGCGGAAGAAGAAAGUUUGCAGUCUUACAGAAGAAGGGUAAGUGGAAAUCUGUUUCCAAGGUCAUGGCUGAAAGGGGUUAUCAUGUUUCGCCUCAGCAAUGUGAGGAUAAAUUCAAUGACCUUAAUAAAAGGUAUAAAAAGCUUAAUGAUAUGCUAGGGAGGGGUACUUCUUGUCAGGUUGUUGAAAAUCCUGCACUGUUGGAUGUAAUAGAUUUUCUUUCCGAGAAAGAAAAAGACGACGUCCGGAAAAUAUUGAGCUCAAAACACUUGUUCUAUGAAGAGAUGUGUUCUUAUCAUAAUGGUAACAGGUUGCAUUUACCCCAUGAUCCUGCAUUGCAACGUUCACUGCAGUUAGCUCUCCGAAAUAGAGACGAUCAUGAUGAUGAUAUCAGAAGGUCCCAUCAUGAUGAUCAUGAUGAAGAUGAUCAAGAUGCGGAAAUUGAUGAUCAUGAUGACUUUGAAGAGAAUUGUGCUUCUCAUGGUGAUAGUAGAGGAAUAUAUGGGCCAUCAGGCGGAUCUAUGAAGAAAUUGAAACAAUGCCAAGGCCAAGAAGAUGCUAAUACUUUUGGUAAGUCUUUAAAUUGUCAGGAAUACAACAAAAGUUCAUAUCCCCAUGGACAGAUGAUCCAAUCUGAUGUGAAUCAAGGUUUACCUGAAGGCAUGAGAGCAGCUUGGUUACAGAAGCAAUGGGUUGAAUCUCACACCCUUCAGUUAGAAGAACAAAAGCUACAAAUUCAGGUCGAGAUGCUGGAACUAGAGAAACAGAGAUUCAAGUGGCAGAGGUUUAGUAAGAAAAAGGAUCGGGAGUUGGAGAAGCUGAGCCUAGAAAAUGAAAGAAUGAAGCUUGAAAAUGAACGUAUUGCUUUAGAACUGAAGCGAAAGGAAAUGGGCACUGGCUUUAAAUAGGUCAGCACUCUUGCAAGCUUUGUGGCAAUUGCAUUGCAUGCAUGGUGCUCCAUUUUUCUUGUUUUUGCUGUCUUUGGUAAGAUGUGGUUUGUUUAGUUGAAACUAUGGGUUUUUUUUUUAUUGGGGAACUUUGCAAAUCUAACUCUCACUCCUGCUUGUAUUGUUUAAAUUUAAUAGUAGUGCAUAAUGAUUAGGCUCUACUGAAGUUUUGUUGCCUAUGUUCAAAGACUGGGUAGCUGAAACACCGUUAAUCUUUUUGUUUUGUAAUAUUAAUUUUCUAAUAUUACAUAUUGUCUGUCCUUUCAUUUCUUUUACAGCCUGUAUAUAUUGUUCUGGUUA